AUGGAGGAAACUUCAAUAUUUUCUGACUGUAUGUCACGCAUCUUGAAGUCCAAGGAGCACACCAGAGAAGUCAGGGAUAAAGUUCUGGAGAAUUUCAAAGCUUUCCAGUACAAUGACGCACGCUCGGGGAUCCAGCGCGUUCACGCACGGGUCAGACUGCGCGGUCCACCCACCGUUCAUCACCGAGACCCCCGUGAUGUCUCGGUGUGCCAAGAGUUCUGUCCUAUCCCAUUGGUUUGUGCCAUAGCGUCCCGAGACAUAACCCUGACCCACGCGCACGAGGCAAGCAAACCGGCUCUAUCACUAUCUCUGAACAUGUUUGGGAUAGUGCACCCAAAUUUUGGUGAUUGA